AUUGCAUUUGCAAAAUAAAUUACACACAUUUGAUUCUCGUGAUGCAUUCAACAUUCAUUGAAUUAUUCAGCAUAGUUUUAAACAUUGUCUCCCAAAAUGCUUUGGAUGUUAUGUAGAUAGUACAUGUAAGGUUGGAAUUUGAGAUUCAACUUAUACACGACCUGGAGUUUUUGUAACAUAAUAUAAAAACAUUAUUCUACAGUUACAUGCUAAUAUUCUAAAAGAGUAAAUCCUCAAGAUUACCCUACUAAAUAAGCCUUAAAUACUCAGGUCAGCAAAUAAUCAAGUUUUUAAAAUAUUACUCCAUUCAGGAUAUGCCCCAUUCAAUUUAAAAUGCCUAUAGCUUAUACAGGCCUACUGUAGUGUAAAGAAACAUGCUGAUGCAAUCCCACUCCCAGCUAUAGUGUGAUGAUGCAACCCUCUGUUCUGCUAUAUGUAGCUAUGCUGAGCUUUCAGGAGGCAUUUCUUGCCAGACAAUCUAGAGAUGAGGAUAGGUGUAGGAAUAUCAUUUGAUAAAAAAAUCCAAGUGAAAAUGGAGAGUGAACUCGAUGAUCCCAGUAGCGACGGUUUAUCACUGUUGGAAUGUCUGAGGGACAUGCUUUCAGAGACGCAGAUGUUGUUUGUGGACGCAUUCCUCCAGAAUAACCGGCUAGACCAUGUCACCCAGCUCAUGGGGUACCACCCCAACUACUUGGAAAUGUUCCUGAGGACCCAGCAGUACCUUCUGAGGGGGGACGGGCCCCUCCCCUUCCACUACAGACACUACAUUGCCAUUAUGGCUGCCAGUCGGCAUCAGUGUGCGUAUCUCAUCCACCUUCACGAGCAGGAGUUUAUCCUUCAAGGAGGGGACCAAGACUGGCUCAAAGGACCAGCCUUCAUCCCUACAAAACUCAGAAAGCUCCACGAAGUCAACAAAAUCCUGGCACAUCGACCGUGGCUGUUUAAUAAAUCACACAUUGAGGGAUUGCGUAAAGAGGCCUGGUCAGUGUCUGAGCUCGUACAAGCCAUCGUUAUCAUGGCCCACUUCCAUGCUCUCUCUUCCUUCGUCUUUGGCUGUGGCAUUAAGAAUGAGCCAGACCAUCACGGGGGAUUCACGUACAGACCUCACUCCCCGACCGAAAACUCCAACGACUCGGACUAUACCAGUGACAGCUCUUCCGAUAGCAAUUCUGAACCAGAGGUCGGAAUUGAAAUUUUGAUGGAACGAAUGAAAAAAUUAAAAGAAAGCCAAGAGGAGGAGCCAACUGAAGAGGAGAGGAGGAAACGAUUCGAGAAAGUGGAGUUCCAAAGUGCUGAAUUGACAAAGCCAGGGAAGAAACCAUCCCCGAAAGCUGAGAUUAUUAAAUACGUGCAGGAUGAAGAAUUCUGUUACAUAGACUUUACGAAACGUGGCUGCACGGAGGAAGCACCUACAUUUCGAGCAAAUGAAUAUUCCUGGGAUGACCAUGGCUUUUCAAUAGCCAAUAGGCUUUAUUCUGAAAUUGGCAACCUGUUGGAUGAGAAGUUCUCCAUGGCCUAUAACCUUACCUAUUACACGAUGGGAGAGGUUAUUGAUGUGGAUACGUCGGCCUUCAGGAGGGCGAUCUGGUACUACAUCCACUGUCUGUACGGAAUCAUGCAUGACGACUACGACUAUGGUCAGGUGAAUCAACUGUUGGAGAGGAACCUGAAACAGUACAUCAAAACCGUCACCUGUUAUCCAGAGCGCUUAACCAAAAAGGACUACGACAAUGUAAUGAAAGAGUUCAAGCAUUCAGAAAAGGUGCAUGUUAACCUCAUGCUACUGGAGGCCCGGCUGCAGGGGGAGCUUCUCUAUGCUUUGCGUGGCGUCAUGCAGUACAUGACAUAGCGUCGCCACGCAAAGCACUUCCUGUGUGUACGAAUCCUACUCACCGGUCUUCCAUGACGUUAAAUUGGAGUCUUUAUACCUAUAGUUCUCCGUGGUUCUCUGAGAGCCGCACAAAGUGGUGCACGACUAGAAGGCAGGGCGGUGCAAGCAAAGAAACAAUACGUCAAAACAGAACAAAUUUUAACCCUCUGUGAACUCUUGACUGUGAUAUUUUAUCCCCUGUUACCCCAUGAGCUGACGCGAUGAGAAAGAAAGAGAGAAGUGUUGGAGAAAAAAAUCAAGCUAUGUACAAAGAGAAUUGCCAUGAGAUUAGUUAGACAAGGCAACUUGCAUGUUGUCCACUUGCAGCCUUGUUGUAGCGAACACAAAGCGGACAGGCUGACCCCUGGGGGCGGCCUGUCUGAACCCUGUAUGGGCCUCAGUUUUAUGGGGCAGUAUCAAAGUCUUUCAUUUGUACAGCAUUCUGUGGUGCUGGAACUUAUCUUAUGAUAUGUACGCUUCUGUUUCUCCACUUGUCAUAAUGGUUUGAUUUUUGUGAGUUUUUUUUUUUUCGUUAAAAAACCAAAGUAUGUUGUGUUGAUAUAGAUAGAUAUGUUGACUAACUUCUUCUUUUCCUGCAUUCCACUCUGGUGACUUGCAUGUGGAUUUUUUUCCGAGAAAGAAUGUUUGACAUUAUUUCUUUCUGUUGAUAUUUUUUAUUUAAGAGAACAUUUUUUUGGUGAAUAGUGUAAAGCGUAUCUUCUAUUCCUAUAUUUUUUGACUGUAUAAAGAUAUAAAAAUUAAGAAAUAGAUUUAUUUAUUGAAAAGUUUAUGUAUUAAGUAUUUGAAAACUAUUUCUGUACAUGCAUAUAUUUCGAUUGUAUGUAACCUGUUGAUGAACGGAAGAUCUACAUGUAAACCUUGUCACAGAGAACAAACUAGUCAAUAGAACCUACACAAAUAGAUGGGCAUUGUGAACUUAUCUCUAGGACGUGAACAAAUUAUUCUGUUCAAACCCCACCCUCAUCUUUAUCAUCCAACAUAUGAUCAAAUCCAUUAUUUUUAUUUCAAAUUUGCUGUUGAAUGAAAUUUGAAUGAAGUUCAAAUGCUUGUGCCAGUAACUUUUACCAUUUUGGUAGAAAUGCUCAAAAGCUACCAAUUUUAUUAAAACUCUUGGCCAUUUUUUAUUUUACUUGAAUCAAUAUGUUUACCAUGUUUCAGCAUAAAAAAAAAUUCCAUAGAUUUUAGUGCUAAAAUUACUUUCUAGGUCAACCAAAUCUGAAAGUUAUUAUAAAAACAACAAAUCCAGAUGUCAUCUUUCAGAUUGUUCUUAUGAAAAAUGAUUAAGUGCUGUGAGGAAUAAGAUAAAAACAAGCCUGUGUGGUGAGUGACAGUCCCUGUAUUAUUGUUGAAUUGAUGAAUGGCACUGUUUACUGUUACAAUCACAAACCAUGUUAUUAUUGUUCAGUCGAAGUUAUAGUCAAUUCAGUCUCUAUGAGCAGUACUGUGCUUAGUACUUGCAUGUUGUUGUCCAGCAUUAGGUAGAUUCUCAAAGCCAUUUGUCCUUUGGUGAAAGAGGCGAUUGAGAUUUAGAAAUCAAUUCCAAGCAUUGCUUAUUUAUGGGGAAGGAAAAGAGGGGGGGGGGGGGGGUGAGAAAUUUUUUUACAAAAAAAAUUAAUGGGGAAAGAUGUAUUGUUUUUAUGUUGUGUUUUUGUUAGAUCUGAAAAAAAAUUGUUGACUCUUCAAAAUGUUUUUUUAUAUGUCACUGGCUAUGUGCAAUUCCAGAAUUGUAUGUGAUGUGAAUUGUAGACAUUUUUUCACAUUUUUGCCCUAUUUCCAUCCCUGGGUAUUGAGAAAUCCGGUGUUGUUGAUUUUUUCCCACUAUCUCUAUGUCCUGUGCACAAAAUAAAGUUUGAAAGAAAUGCGAAGAUCUCAAACAUUUUGUACAGAGAGAAAACAUUGAAUCUAAUAGAUCAAUGCUACUACUAAUGCUUUUGUUUUGUAAUUAACCAAAUGAAAUGGCCACCGUUGAUUUGUGUAGAAUGAAGGAGAAGUAUUACAAUUGUACCAUAUUUUGUUCUGUCAUUGGAGAAGUUCAUAGCAGAAGUGUUUUAUUUAUUGACUCAUUUCUUACAUUGUGAUAAAAAUGUUGCAAAAUAAAUUCAAUGAAACUCAA